GGUUUGGUUAAAGUCACAGCCGGGUCACCGGAAUCAGAGGAGCAAAAUCGUCCAGGUGCAUCCCCUCGAAUCUUCCCUGUCUUUGUCAAAAAACCCACGCAUUUCUCGUUUCUCCCUCUCUACAUAUCAUUUACAGAGAAACAAACGUCUUUAACUACAGUUUUGGUUUUACCUUCUAGUGUUUUCAUCUGGACGAUGCGUUUCUACCGGCACUGUUACUCCGACUGUUUCCGCCGCUGUGGUCGUUGUUUCUGCUCUUGUUACUGUUGUUCUUGUCCUUGAAAUCUCCCAAAAUCAAAACUUUCCGGACGGUUAGGGUUUUUAUUGUUUCAAUUCUGAGAAUUGUGUGAUUGUUUUUUCAGUUACAAUGGAUUUGAGCCAAUCGCAAUCGAGUAAUCUCUCGCUAGGGUUUAUUGCUCAUGCGUCCCCGGCGGGAAGCGCACCUAGUCGGGCUCAUAUCGCCGACGACUCGAUCACUUUUCAGAUCGAUUCUAGGGUUAAGGACCAAUCACAUCUGGUUCCGCCGGUUCCACUUCAAUUGAUGGACAAGCAAACGGAGGAGAACGAAAAGAAGGGGGGAGAGAGUGGUGAUGAAGAGAGGGAAGUUGAAGAAUUUCGUAUUCUAGGACAUUCCAUGUGUAUAAAGCGGAGGAGAGAUAUUGAUAGCACGUCGUCUUCUUCCUCUUCAAAGUGCUUUAGGGUUACGAGUUCCAAUGAGCAUAUGCUAGGGCUAGAAUCGCGGAAAAACGCUGUUAGGGCUUGGGGUAAUCAGGGUUUACAGGUAGCUGACCCGGAUAUAUUUGAGAUAAUGGAGAAGGAGAAGCAGAGACAGUACAAAGGGAUUGAACUGAUUGCCUCUGAGAAUUUUGUAUGCAAGGCUGUGAUGGAGGCAUUAGGGAGCCAUUUAACAAACAAGUAUUCUGAAGGAGCACCGGGGGCAAGGUACUAUGGUGGUAAUCAGUUUAUAGAUGAGAUUGAAACUCUAUGUUGUAAGCGUGCAUUAGCUGCUUUUGGACUUGACCCGGAGAAUUGGGGUGUGAAUGUGCAACCAUAUUCAUGUACUUCAGCAAACUUUGCGGUUUAUACUGGUUUGCUACUGCCUGGUGAUCGGAUAAUGGGAUUGGAUACACCGUCUGGUGGAAACACAAGUCAUGGGUAUUAUCUUCCUAAUGGAAGAAAAGUUUCAGGGGCUUCAAUUUUCUUUGAGAGCCUGUCUUAUAAGGUUGAUCCCCAAACUGGAUAUGUAGAUUUUGAUAAACUUGAGGAAAGGGCUCUUGAUUUCCGUCCUAAGAUACUUAUAUGUGGGGGGAGUUCGUAUCCCCGGGAAUGGGAUUAUGCAAAGUUUAGACAGAUUGCCGACAAAUGUGGUGCAGUUUUGUUGUGUGAUAUGGCACAAAUUAGUGGUCUCAUUGCUGCAAAGGAAUGUGCGAGUCCUUUUGAUUAUUGUGAUAUAGUUACUUCAACAACUCACAAAAGUCUUCGAGGUCCAAGGGGAGGUAUUAUCUUUUAUAGGAAAGGGUCAAAGCCAAGAAAGAGAGGGCUGCUUUUGAAUCAAGGUGAUGGUGAUAAGUAUGAUUUUGAGGAGAAGAUAAACUUUGCUGUUUUUCCUGCAUUGCAAGGAGGGCCGCACAACAACCAUAUUGCUGCCCUCGCUAUAGCAUUGAAGCAAGUGGCUACUCCUGAAUACAAGACAUAUAUGCAACAAGUUAAGAGAAACGCUCAGGCAUUAGCAGCUGCUUUAUUGAGAAGAAAUUGCAGACUGGUUACUGGAGGGACUGACAAUCACAUGAUACUGUGGGAUCUGAGAAAUCUUGGGUUAACAGGUAAGAAUUUUGAAAAGGUUUGCGAGUUGUGUCACAUCACUCUCAACAAAGUAAUGGUCUUCGAUGAUAAUGGAAGUAUUACUCCUGGAGGUGUGAGGAUAGGUACCCCUGCUAUGACAUCAAGAGGCUGUAUAGAGAAUGAUUUUGAGACGAUAACAGAUUUCCUCCUCAAGGCAGCGCAGAUUACAAAUUCAGUACAGAGAGAACAUGGAAAGCUUGCAAAGGCUUUUCUGAAAGGCCUUGAGAACAACAAAGAUGUUAUUGAGUUAAGAACACGUGUUGAAAGUUUUGCAUCACUGUUUGCAAUGCCUGGAUUUGAAGUAUAAUCUAGCUUGGAAAUCUUGUUCUGGUGGAUGAAUUCUUUUUUUGAUCGUUGACCAACCUUUUCAGUGGAUUGGGAGGACAAUGGUGCACCCAACUCUUGGUUAGUAAUUGACUAGGCUUGAUAUGAUUUUUAAGUGUCCCUUGAGCUCAAAGCCUGGAUUAACUUAUGAUUGCCACGUUGGAGUAUUUUGUGUCCUUUUUGACUGUCAAGGUUGGCUGGAGGUGUCAAGACAAAUCUCAAGUAGCUGAACCUUGCCAUAGCUUCAGUAUUUUUGAUGAGGGUUUGGUAAAUUAAAUAGUGUUGUCAUGAGGGAUCCGACUCAUUCUCCUAUUGCUGUUUUGAUACACUGUUGUUUUGGGUCCUCGUUAUUUUUGGUUGUACCUAUAUUAUUAUAUCUUUAAUAUUCAACUUGUAUAUACCCUGUAAUUUUCUCACUGAAGAGAUUACAAGGUUGAAUGUACAUUACACCUUGAGAGAAAAACAAAGGAGAAUUUAAGGGAUUAUUUGGCAAGGCUGUUAGUAGUUGUUUUGGCAGGAUGACUCAAA